AUGGCAGGCCCCGGCUCCCACCCGAUCCACAUCCACCCCGCGCGCCCGCUAUACCGCUUCGCCGCCACGGGCCUGGGAGCUACCAUGUGGUUUUUCUUGAUGUACCGUGCCAAGAAGGAUGGCGCUGUUCUGCUGGGACUGAAGCAUCCUUGGGAUCAUUAG